UUUUCUUUCAACAGUUUCCGAAUACAUAUACCAAUAGAUUCAAGAUAGUUGACUCAUAUUAUGGCAGCAAACGAACUAAUCGAAAAGAUUUCUUUUAUAUUCAUCAUUUACACCAAAGUUUUUUCGAAAAUCUAAUUACAAGAAUUCUAAAAAAUAUAAAAGCCAACGUUUGCGAGAACGUUAAACCAUUUGCAAAUAUAUACCGAGUGUCAAAGCUGGCAUUUUGGCUUUAGUUUAGAGCGUUAACUAUCUUUCAUUAUUAUUGUAGGAAAGCGUAAAAUGAAAAUUUGUAGUUUCAUUAUAAUUAUUUCGAUGGCAGCCGUUACGGCUCAAGAUGGAUCGACGGCAAUGGAAAAGGAAAAUGGAAAUAUUUUAUCUGAAAAGCUUACUGUUCCCUCAUUUAAUACAUCGAAUAGCGAAGAUCAAAACAAUCAAGCGCCUAAAGGAAAUGAUUCUGAGAAAAUAGAAACGGAACUGCUCUCACCAAACAAAAAACCACCUACGGUGACCGAUUUUAUUCUUCAACCUUUUAUUGCCCUUAAGCCGGCAGUAGGUCAACCGCCAUUUGGUGAUGCUAAACAAGCUUCUACCUCACCGGCUCUUUCGCCGUGGUCAUGGCUUGGCUUUGCCACUGGUCAAAGUUUGAAUUCAUCAUUGAAUUCGUGGAGAGAUAGUCUGACCCAAUGGUUACGUGUACCAAUUCUAUUGCCAAAUUCGGCGGAUACGCCUGUUAGCUCAGCUAUCGCUAGUCCAGUCACAACGGAACAACCUGAUGUAGUAGUUCAUGUACAGCGUCGCCGAGGUACAACCAAAAGGCCUACAAUUUCUAUAGCCAACCAGAAGCUUCCUCAGCGACACAACAACAAAUUUCCUAAUGUUCUACAAGAAAAUGAUAACGGUUUUUACGAUAACGACGAUAAUGACAGUUUCGAUUCCAAUGAGAAUAUUGAGCGAGAUAAUGACCAAGAAGAAGAUAGUAUUGAGGAAUUAGACAAUAAGGAAGAUAUUGAAGAAAAUGAUAAUGACGACAACGACGAUGAGGACAGCUACACUGAAGACGAAUAUGAGGAAGAAACGCAAAGACCGCAGCAUCGACGACGUUACAAAGCUUCAAAUAAUAAAGGCAAUGAAGCAAAAAGACGUAAGGAUGAAAAUCGUUUAAGUGAUAAAUUCCAUGCCAGACAGUAUUAUCAACAACAGCAGCAACAACGACAGAAGAAAAAUCCGCCGAAAAAUUUAGAAAAAUUCAUACAGCAAUUUAUAGGCAGUCAAAACCCUGCAAGCGCAAGUUCCGGCAAACAACGCGAACAAGUUAAAUUGCUGAUUAAUGGUCAAGGUCAAAAGUUAUAUCUACUUGAAGAAGGCACGACACUUGAUACCGCUUCAACACCGAUUAACUACAUAAAAAAGCCGGCACAAAAUAGCGUAGAAAAUACACGACCUACUACAUCGUCUUUACCCUAUAUAUAUAUUAGGCCGGUAGUAAUUGGAAUACCUCAAUUCCAAUUUCCUGAGCAAGCGGUCGAACAAGAUUAUGAGAAAACACCGUCUAUUCGACCACAAACCGUACAAGCAUUACCUGAAGAUUCGUUAUAUAAUAUUUUUAAAGCUACAAAGCGACCAUCUAGCGUGAGGCAAAGGAAAGUUGGAACGGACGUAAUGACAUCUCGAACUAAAGUAGAGAAACCAAUCGCAACGGAUACCGAAAAUGAUUUUAUAGUAGUAGGCGAUGAUUCAGAGCCAGGUCUAGGCAGACAAGCUUCAGAAAAUCGUAGAGGAUUAAAAAUAGGCUCAUUAAUGCAGAGGAAAAGAAGGAAAAAUCAUUAG